UUUGACUUUGAGCCUCUGUCUCGCCAUUCCCCGCAACGCCUGAUAUUUAUUUACUACUGUAAAUGUGUCUUGGAUUGUCUCGCCAACCCCCUUCUCGUUUUAUCCCUACACAUAUAUAAGCAUUUAACUCCAUCUUCGUCUGCCCCUCUUCCCCUCAUCGUCACUACCUCCCUCCUUGGCUCGCUCCAUCUCUGAGCUCUGCAGUAAAACUGGUGCAUUGAGGCAGCAGGAAAUGAGACUAGAGACAAUAGAAUGGAGGGAAGUGUGGAGAGGACGCUUGCCUCUCAAACCCAAGCACGCUGAGCAAACAGGAUAAUUUCAAAUCUCAUUUACGCAAAAGAAAUUCAUAUUAAAGACUUCAAGCUUCCUCUGUAACAGGAACUCUUGGAAUUGUAAUGUUUGUAGUCACUAUGAGAACAGGAUUUGAAUAAAAACAGCUUAUGAACAAUCGUUGGUGUUUAAAGCUUGUAAUGAAAAAUGUGGGCUCCUCUUUUUUGGCUCGUCUGUGUUAGUUUGCUGUUCUGCCACUCUCUGAGCUGCUAUCAGUGCUUUGUUGAUUUAGAAGACAGUCUUAGUCUAUGCUGGGGCCAUGUCUUGACUUACUACAAUGUCAGAAAUGUUGAUGCCUGCUUCAAGACGCUAGACCGCAUAUUCAACACAAAUGAGAGAGUAAUUGAGGCUGGUAGAGUGGGUAAAGGUUUUGACCAAAAGCUGAAAGAUAUUCUAGAUACAGAGAUUCUCCCUAUUGUGAAAGAGUUUGACAAGAAGCUAAAUAAAGACACUGUGUAUGAGCAAAGGCUGCAGACAGCAUCAGACAAUUUCAUCGCAGCUGCCUCCAAACUGCCUAGAGUCUCGGGAUGUUUUCCUCCAUGCGGUUUUCAGAUUUCAGGUUAUGUAUACAACUGUGUUACCUGCCAGUAUGACUCCUGUGAAUUCCCUCUCGACUGUCCAGUUGAAGAAAUUGAAGUAAUGGAGAACAGCAGGAGCAGAAUGUGGUGCAAUGUGCUGUUUGACCUGCCAAAUGAUAUUGAAGUAAUCUGGAGGUUUGCAGAGGAGGUUAAAACCCAACAAAUGGAGGAGUUUAAAGAAGUAACUGCAGGAGUAGACAGGCUCUACUCCAUUCCCUCAACCAGCUUGCAGCAUCAGGGUACCUACCAGUGCGAGAUUUACUCAGGCCAUCGCUCUAUUGUCAGGCUGUACUUCUACAUCAGAGUGACCCCCCAGGUUGUGGCAGGCCACACAGAGCUGCAGGAGAUAUUUGACCUGUCUCUGCUCCCUGGAGGGCAGUUACUCCCUCCGCCUGAUGGUUCUCCUCGCUCCUUCCUCCCUUUCAUCCAGAUCCUCCUCACAGCCUGUUUAACCACUUCACUGCUGCUGUUAUUCCUCUCCCUAGGAGCUCUGUAUUGGUCAUCAUUGCCAGAACUAAGAAAUCCUGCUGAAGAGUCGGAUGAAGAAGAAGAUGUAGUAUUAUGAUAAUACAAUGCUGCAUAUUAAAGGUUUUUCAUCACUUAUGGACUCCUCUACAGAGCUUUACGUCAUACUUAGAGAAAACCUGCAUAUGUCUCAACUCAACCACUAGAGGGCAGGAUGCACUUCUUUACUGGUAAAAUGAAACAAUCACGUGGUGGUUAGUCUGUCGGUUAGCAGCAUAACUCAAGUUAUGGAUGGAUUUUAAUAACAUUUCCAGAAAAGCUCAGAAAUGAAAUGUGGAACAAGAGAUUAGAUUUGGGGGGUGAGCUGGAGCACCACCUGGAUCCGGGAAUGUUUUUUAAAGGAUUCUUUACUGUGGGGUGAUAAAGAGAAUUUUGCCAUUAGAGCUUCUAACUAACAAGUAAUGCCCACAAUCAUUGGAAAAAUAAAACAAAUAAAAAAUAAUUACAAUGGCUUGGCAGACGUCUGCAUUCUGAGUGCUUCUAUUUCUUGUUUAUUUCAGACAAAAGUUAACGAAAAGUCUUUUUAAAAAAAAAUAUUUGAGUCACUUCAAGUAGAGUAUUUUGAUGUCAUGUCCAUGAGUCCAUAAAGAGCAUUCAGGUCAACUGUUUAGUUAUACAGUGAUGGAGUUUGGUCUACUGACAGUCAAGAUUUUAACUGUUGCAAAUAUCACUCAGCGCACAAUGUUUAUGUACUUGUAGAAAAUGAUCAUAUAUGUUUUGGACAACCAUUCAUUAUGACUCCCACCAUCUAAAGAGCUUGGAACAUAUGUGUGUGCCACUUGCUGUAAACAUUUUUUGGUGGAUGUAACUUUGCUUUAAAUGCCAGGUUGCAGGUUUUCCAGUAGGAUAUUGCACUGUAGUUGUGUCUGAUCAGUGUAUGUGUGUGUUUUAGGUUAUAGAUGACAUUGCGUUGUCAAGUUGAAUGCAUGUUUUUGACCAUGGUAUAGUAUUUGUAGUCAUUAU